AGAUUUUAUUUUGAGAGAGAGGAAAAGGGGAGGAGAAAAGACAGGAAGAAAAGCAUUGAUGUGUAGUUGCCUCUCUCACAGCCCUUAUUGGAGACCUGGCCUGCAAACCAGGCAUAUGCCCUGACUGGGAAUCAAACCACAACCAUUUGGUUUGCAGGCCCACACUCAAUCCAUUGAGCUACACCAGCCAGGGCCGGAAGCCAUCUUUAGAUAGCAGAAGCCAAAGGAAGGAAUGUUGCCAGAUUCCCAAAGUGCUCCUUACAGCCUUUAAUGGCCUGCUGUACUGACAAAAGCAGCUCUGUGCCUAAAUACAGGCCAUAUUUGUGGUUCUAAUAUUCAUACAUAUGAAUAUAGGUUUUGUUUGUAAAACUUUAAAACUCAUUGCCUAUUAAUUUUGAUCUGUGUUAGUAACUAGUGAACAUUUUCCACAUGCCAGGUAGAUUGUUAUGUGCUAUGAAUGCAUUAUUUCCUCUAGUAUCCAUGACAAUACUCUCAAGUAGAUCUUACUUAGUUGUUUCACAGGUGUAGAAACUCAGGCAUGGAGAGGUUAAGUCGCUUGUCUAAGACCACAGAGUUGGCAGGUCUGAUUCACAAACCCAGCCUCUUUUGACUCCAAAGCUCAUUUUAUUUAGCCUACAAAGUCAUAGUGCUUUGCUUCUGACAUUCAUCAUGUUCUGCCUCAAUUGGCAAGCAUCUGUCCAAGUUAUGCAUUAUGAGUCUUUCGAGAGCAUUCACCUUACUUCUCUCUUAUUAGCCUGAAAUGCCAUACACACAGCAGGCAAACAGUGAUGUUUGCUGUUGGUUCAAGUAGCAACCUGGUCUGUGGACUGAACAUCACAGACUGUGUGUGGGGGUUCUCCUCAACUUUUAUUUUGAAAAUUUUAAACUUACAGGAAAGUUUCAAGAAUAAUGCAGUGAACAUCCACAUAUCUUCUACCUAGAUUCAUCAAUUGGUUAACAUUUUGUACCUUUGUUGUCUUUUUCUUGCCCUUUUGAGUCAGUUGCAGACAUAUGCUAUUUCACUCCUAAGUACUUUAGUAUGUGUCUCCUAAAACCAAUGUCCUGUCGACAUAACCAAGAUACAGUUAUUGUUCUCAGAAAAUUUCACAUUGUUGCAAUUCAAACAUACUUUACAUUCAAAUUGUCCCAAUAAUGUUCCUCAAUAGCUGGGAUUUGUUGUUGUUGUUUAUCCAGGGUACAUUUGGGGGUCACAUUGCUUUUAGUAUAUUUUUCAUCUCCUUUAAUCUAGAACAGUUCAAUAGUCUUUUUCUUUCUUUUAUGAAAUUUACAUUUUUAAAGAGACUGGGCAGUUGUUUUGCAGAAUGUCCCUCAAUUUGAGUUUGUUUCCUCACGAACAGAGACAAAUUGCAUACUUUUGGCAAGAAUAAUGAUCGCUCCAUCCUCCGUGCAUCACAUCAGGGAGCACAUGAUGUCAGUCUGAUUUCUUUGAUGUGAAGGUUCUCUUUUCUCUUUAGUAAUCUGAUGGUGAUACUUUGAAACGGCAUAAAUAUCCUCAACCACUGAUCCACUGAUACUUUUUGCAUCCACUGAUAAUUUUUGCCUGAAUCAAUUGUUGUUGGUUCCAAAGUGAUGAUUUUCUACAAUAUUUCUACAACUUCUUCUACAUUUAUUAGCUGGUAUUCUUCUCUAAAGAAGAGAUUUCCCUUCCUCUCUCUCCUUUUGAAUAAUAACCUACCUAUGGCUGCCAGUGUGUCUUGAAUACAUGACGUCACUCACAUCCCUCGGGGCUUGUGUUUUCUCUUCCUUAAGCUGAGAUGAUUUAUGGGUCACAUCCUUGAAUUUUAGUCAGUCGUUGACUUUUCCAUAAAGCUCUGCAAAACAUCCGUCAGGGAACGAAAAGGUCCGGGUCAGACGCGCCAGGCCAUAGCAUCCACCAGCAGAGAGUACCACAACCCCUCCUCUCGCCUUCCCUGCGGCCCUUCCUUGACAACAGUAACUACUAACCUCCCAGCGUUCUCGCGAGAGCGAGCCCCUUCAGGAAUAAAGGUGCGAUUCCCCCAGGCUUCUCCUGCCUGGCGUCAAUAUUUGCCCUGGGCACCUGCGUGCCGGGCUCUGCCGCGCACGCGCGCACACCAGACAGUUGGUGGUGUAGGUUCGCUCCAGCUGUCCCUCUCCGCACGCAGCUCCGCGGCGCGACCCCGGUGUGACACCACGGAGCUUACGCAGCGCGGAGGGAGGCAGGGGCGCGCAGGCGCCGCAGGGGGAGUAAGGCCGCGCAGGCGCGGACGGCGUUGGUUGAAGACCUUCAGCGUUGCCCUAGCGGAGUACCUGCUCUCUGGGUGGAGAUAUGUGUAACACACCAACUUACUGUGACCUAGGAAAGGCUGCCAAGGAUGUCUUCAACAAAGGAUAUGGGUUUGGCAUGGUCAAAAUAGACCUGAGAACCAAGUCAUGUAGUGGAGUGAUGGAAUUUUCUACUUCUGGCCAUGCCUAUACUGAUACAGGGAAAGCUUCAGGCAACCUAGAGACCAAAUAUAAGGUCUGUAACUAUGGACUUACCUUCACCCAAAAAUGGAACACAGACAAUACUCUUGGAACAGAAAUCUCUUGGGAGAAUAAGUUGGCCGAAGGGUUGAAACUUACUCUUGAUACCAUAUUUGUACCGAACACAGGAAAGAAGAGUGGGAAAUUGAAGGCCUCUUAUAAACGGGAUUGUUUCAGUCUUGGCAGUAAUGUUGAUAUAGAUUUUUCUGGCCCAACCAUCUAUGGCUGGGCUGUAUUAGCCUUUGAAGGUUGGCUUGCUGGCUAUCAGAUGAGUUUUGACACGGCCAAAUCCAAACUGUCACAGAAUAAUUUCGCCCUGGGUUACAAGGCUGCAGACUUCCAGCUGCACACUCAUGUGAACGAUGGCACUGAAUUUGGAGGGUCUAUCUACCAGAAGGUUAAUGAGAAGAUUGAAACAUCAAUAAACCUUGCCUGGACAGCUGGCAGUAACAACACCCGCUUUGGCAUCGCUGCUAAAUACAAGUUGGAUUGUAGAACUUCUCUCUCUGCUAAAGUAAAUAAUGCCAGCCUGAUUGGAUUGGGUUAUACUCAGACUCUUCGACCAGGAGUCAAACUGACCCUAUCAGCUUUAAUCGAUGGAAAGAACUUCAAUGCAGGAGGUCACAAGGUUGGGUUGGGAUUUGAACUAGAAGCUUAAUGAGGUUUUGAAUAAAACAUUAGAUUUCUCCCUGGAGAUGAAGAGAAAUGAACCCACUAUGUUUUGGCCUUAAAAUUCUUCUCUGAAAUUUCAAAAGUGUGAACUUUUUAUUCUUCCAAAGAAUUGUAAUCCUCCCGCACACUGAAGUCUAGAGAUCACGAGUCCAUCCUAAGGGAGGUGCUGGAAGGCAUGCCUGGAAGUUGUCAUACCUGUGCCACAUUUCAGUUCAGUUCCACAGUAUUAUUUAAAUGUGAUCCUCAGCGACAGUGUAGAGUCAUGUUGUAAAGGAAAUAACCCGAUCCUCCAGUUUGUAUAUCACGUCCUGCAUGUCCCACACUACUUUUUCAUGACCUUUUAAUAUAUUGAUCUCUGUGCUGUAGUAGAGUCUUUGGUUUUGCAUCAGAACAAAAUAAAAUAAACCCAUCACAUUUGAAAAUAAUCACUCA